CGGGAUUUAAAAGGACCGAACUUGUCGGGAUUUAAUCCUCCUUUUCCCCUUUCUUCCUCCCUGCCUCCAACCCAAGCCUUACUCGCAACAACCAAGGAUACAAGGAACCCUGACGGCAUGGACUCGACAUAUUUCUUUCCCUCGACCAGGGUGCUACUUCCCACACUUCUGGCCGAUUUUAGCAUUCAAUUGGCCGGUUGGAGUCUUGCUGCUCUUAUGCAAACGGAGAAGUUUUACGAUUUGGCAGGGUCGGCUUCCUUUCUCAUGUGCACUUACUUUUCUCUUUUCAACCCAUGGGCGGAGGAUACGACUAGUCUGGGCCGAUCAUUCCAUCCACGUCAGAUCCUCGCCUCCGGCACGACUGUUGUCUGGGCAUGUUAUUUGGGCUUCUUCCUAUGCAAGAGAGCAAUAAGACAUGGGGACAGGCGCUUUGACAAGGUCAAAAAGAUGCCAGGCAAAUUCCUUGGCUACUGGAUAAUCCAGGGUGUCUGGGUCGCUCUUACCGCUUUGCCAGUCUGCUUGACAAAUUCCAUCCCAGCAGAAGAUCAUCCCGCCAUUGGAGCGCAGGACAUUCUUGGACUAGUUGUUUGGGGAAUGGGGUUCGCAUUUGAGGUGGUGGCGAACUAUCAAAAGCAGCGGUGGCGCAAGGAUAUCGGCAAGAACUACAAGCAGAGCUUUAUCUCGCAUGGAUUAUGGUCCUUGUCCAGACAUCCUAACUACUUUGGAGAAUGUGUACUGUGGUUCGGAAGCUAUCUUCUCAGCUCAAGCGCCUUUUCUGUUGCGGUUGAGGACCAGAUCCUGCCACAUUGGAUGUCCCGCCUCGCCUUGUUUAGUCCAAUAUUCGUCACGUGCCUGAUCACACGCGUGAGUGGGAUCCCACUUUUGGAGAGAGAGAAUGAUCGACGGUUAAAGGAUGUUGUUGCCUACUGGAAGUAUAAGAAGGAGACCAGUAUGUUUGUGCCAAUCUGGCCUCGCUCUGUGGAAUAAGCAGCUGCCGCAAAAUUGUUUAUUUGUGCUGUGAAAAAAAUGUUCAUUUGAAAAAUAAUAAAAUAAAGUUGAUUAUAAUAACUAUGCACAGG